AAGAAAUGAGAGUUUCGCUUAAUCUCUACUCAAUGCGUUGAAGAUCUGUAAGCGAAAAGCGAAACCCUCACAAGAGAAUUCCCCACAAAACGUCUUCUGGGUUUCUGUGUGCGAUCGAUCUCCGGUGAAGUGAUGACGAUGCGCUUCCUAUGAAACUCUUACGAAAUUUCGUGUUCUUCCUUAUAAAACCAUGAAUCUCUGGUCAUGUUUGAAAACCCAGCAACAAUCUCUUCGAACAGUCCUCACCUUCGUAAAUCUGGAAGCAAAUCUGUUUUCGUUGAUCCUGGUGUAAACGGAAAUUUAUCAGAAAUGGGUGACCUCAAGGGUUCAAGUUCACCACUUCAUAUUACAACAAUGGUGCCUUCUCCUAUAUUCCUUUGGAGAUUUAAGGUUGUUCUGUUUCUUUUUUGGGCUUUAUGUUGCUGCAAAAUUGGAUGGGAUUCAGUCAUGAGAAUGAGUAUUGACCUGCGAGAUUUAUUUUUGUACGAAGCAUUUCUUUAUUACAAUCCUCUUCUUCUUGUGACGAUGAUGGUUUGGCUGUGGGGAGUGAACUUGUGGGUGUUCUCUCAAGGAAGUGUCAAUUAUGCCAAAGUCUUUGAUCUUGACCAUAACCACCUUACUCAUAGAGAGAUGUGGAAGUGUAGCAUGUGGAUGACAAUCAUUGUCCCAACUAGCAUGACAGCAUAUCUUUAUCUGUAUUCUCAUGGGGAAGUAUCUUUGGCUGCUUCACAACCGGUGCUCCUGUACAUUGCUUUUGCUUUGGUUCUGAUAUUCCCCUUCGACAUCUUCUAUUUGUCAAGUCGAUAUUUUCUGCUGAGAACAUUAUGGAGGAUAGCUUUUCCACUGCAGCCCAUUACAUUUCCAGACUUCUUUUUGGCAGAUAUUCUGACCUCCAUGGUAAAGGUAUUUUCCGACUUAGAGCGGUCCGUUUGCCGGAUGGUGCAUAGACAGGUCGCAACAAUUGCUUGGUUUGAAGCUGACGCUGUCUGUGGCAGUCAUCAAAUUGCAAUCCCUUUGGUUCUUGUUUUCCCCUAUAUUUGUCGUCUAUUGCAAUGUCUUCGACAGUACAAGGAUACAAAGGAAAAGUCAUCUCUUUUAAAUGCUCUGAAGUAUUCAACAGCAGUGCCUGUGAUCUUCCUUUCUGCACUUAAAUAUCACGUUAUGCCUGAGAGCUGGACAUCAUUUUACCGACCUCUCUGGCUUUUCUCAAGCGUCAUUAGUAAUUUGCAAACUUUUAUCAUAUCAUAAUCACAUCACUUCUCUCUACUGUGCAGCGGUUUCACUAAGAUAUUCAAGUUUAGCCGUCCAAGUAACAUACCAAAUCUGUUAUACGGCCGGCAAUGGGUGUAUUUCUGGGUGAUAGGGAGCAAUCUUGUGCUGAGGUGCGCGUGGACAUACAAAUUAUCGGCACAUUUGAGGCACAACUACAUAACGGUGUUCACAGUGACUGCAAUGGAGAUGUUUAGACGGUUUCAGUGGGUAUUUUUCAGAGUAGAGAAUGAGUGGAACAAGAUCACCAAAUCGCAUCCCAUAGGCGAGAUUUCACUUGAAGAAGACAAACUACUUGGUUCUACGACUACCCAUGAUGUUUAGUUUUGUUUCUUCUAAUCCUAUGCAAGAAUUCUGGCUUUUUUCCUAUCGGUACUCUCGACUCUAGACAGUUUCCUGAUAUAUAAUACACAUUUUUCAAGAACUGAACCAAAUUUACUGAAUCACAGAUUAAUGGGAAGCCAUUUUCAUA